AACGGUCGGCCCGAGUCGCGCAGGCGCAGUCGGGAGGGGAAGUGAGGCGGUUUCCUCGGCGCCUUUUCCGGCAGCGGCGGCGGCGGCAGAGCUGGGAGGAGGAGGUGGAGGCCGGAGGGAAACCCGCGCUUGGGGCGGCGGCUGGAGGCGGCAGCGAGUUCCCGCGAGGAUCCAUGACCUGACGGGGCGCCGAGCCGCGCUCCUCGUCGGGUGACCCGGGUCGGGACCGAAGCCCGGUGCUCGCGGGCCGGCGGGAGGGUCGCGGUUGAGUCGGCCGCGUGUCGAGGCGGCAGCCGCGGCGGAGCAGGAGCUGUCGGCGGCGCUCGCGCGGCGCCCGCGGGGGGGAAGGGCAGUUCCGGGCCGGCCGCGCCUCGCCUCGCCUCGCCUCAGCAGGGCGUCGGCUCUCUCUCCCGGCGCAGACGCAGGGCCCCGGCGGCGGGCGAUGCCCGAGUGAGCGCAGGCCGGGCCCCUGCCCCUAGCAGGCAGCUUCGAAGCAGGGCCGCUGGGCGUCCUCGCGGCGGGGCGGCUCCGUUUCGAUCUCGCGGCGGCGGCGGUGGUGUAGGCAGAGGGGACCCGGGACACCUGAAUGCCCCCGGCCCCGGCUCCUCCGACACGAUGGGGAAGGUGCUAUCCAAGAUCUUCGGGAACAAGGAAAUGCGGAUCCUCAUGCUGGGCCUGGACGCGGCCGGCAAGACCACGAUCCUGUACAAGUUGAAGCUGGGCCAGUCGGUGACCACCAUUCCCACGGUGGGCUUCAACGUGGAGACGGUGACUUACAAAAACGUCAAGUUCAACGUGUGGGACGUGGGCGGCCAGGACAAGAUCCGGCCGCUCUGGCGGCAUUACUACACCGGGACCCAGGGUCUGAUCUUCGUGGUGGACUGCGCCGACCGCGACCGCAUCGACGAGGCCCGCCAGGAGCUGCACCGCAUUAUCAAUGACCGGGAGAUGAGGGACGCCAUAAUCCUCAUCUUCGCCAACAAGCAGGACCUGCCCGAUGCCAUGAAACCCCAUGAGAUCCAGGAGAAACUGGGCCUGACCCGGAUUCGGGACAGGAACUGGUAUGUGCAGCCCUCCUGUGCCACCACCGGGGACGGACUCUAUGAGGGGCUCACAUGGUUAACCUCUAACUACAAAUCGUAAUGAGCAUCCUCCACCCAUCCCCCGGAAAGAGAGAAAUCAAAAACCCAUUCAUAGGAUUAUCGCCACCAUCAUCAACCUCUUUCAAUUGCCACUUUCUUUUUUGAAUCUGAACUCUGGAGUUACUGUUCUACGGUUUAGUGGGGUUGGGGUUUUCUUUGUUCCCUUUUCUUUUUCUUUUUUCUUUUUUUUUUUUUUGGCUUUGCGUUAGGGUGCGCUGAUCUGAUCUGAUCUGAUAUUUGACACGAAUACAGUGCUAGAUGCUCUUGUGACUUCCAGCAAACCGGGUGGGGUAAUAGCAGCUCUUGGUAAAGUCCUUUAUAAUAAUGGUUUGAUUUUUUUAUUUCGAGAGGAUCUUUUCCCCCCCCAAUGUAUGCUUUUUUCCUUUUUGCCCCGUUUCUUAUCACUUGCUGUAGAUGGCUUAUUUUGCAUUCAUGCAGACUAUGUUGCAAGUCUGUUUCAUCUAGUAAACUGAAAAUUAUUGCUUAAUCAAACUGCCGUUUGUCUUUUAUAUUUAAGGCCUUGUCCCCCUUCCUUGUUAGCGCUAACUUUAGCAAUUUCAAAUGUGACCUUUUCUAUCCAAGACCAGUAUGGUGAAUUUAGCCCACAGUGGCAAGCUAAUGAGUAAUACCAGUGUAAUGUUCCAGUUGCACACGAGUGUGUUAAACAGGCAAUGGGAGAAGUCCCUUGAAGUGUCAGCUCUUAGCGUGCAUGAGUAGGGUAAACUCAAGCUCCCCUACCGUAGCUAACUUUCGCUGCCUGAAACAGCUCCCCUGUAAGAGGGUGCAGAUCUUUUUCACGGCAAAGUUGUUAACUUUGUUGGUUCCCUCUCCUUACCUUUAAAAAUAGACUCUUUCCAGAAAAUGGAGCAAUAAUGGUGUACGCCACACACAGAUGAAAUAUUUGUAGAUAUUUUAAGUGACUUUCGGGCAAAAUCAGAGUAUGUUACCUUGUUUCAAAUGUUUUAAGACCAGUAGCUUUAAAAUUACUAAACAUUUGCUUUGUUCACUAAUAAAACGUUGAAAAAGUCAAAUUACAUGCACCUUUUACCUAGCUGGGAAAAGACACAUUCCUGUUGUCACAUUACAGCAACUGUUUAAACUGAAGAUAUAUGACUUUCUUUAUAAAUGAGUGAUCUACAUCUCCAUUAAUUAAAACACUGGAAAAGAUGUUUUAUUUAAAAAAAAGAGGUGUUUAGUUUUGCUUGAUUGUAGGAUUAACUCAUGCAAAUAGAUAUCCUGUUGGUUCAGUCAUACAGUUUCUCCUUAAGGAAAUGUGCUGAGUGAGUGGUGUAGACUGGAGGGGUGACAAAGGAGAAGUAGGAAGGAGAGAAAGAACCUACAGAUGACAAUGAAUGUAAACCUAUUUUUCUUUAAGGGUAAGCAUUGUGCUCACUGGUGAUAACCCAGAUCUUAACAAGAUGAGCUGGUUAGGACCAGUUGCUAGAUUGAGACCACUAUGGUAAUAUUCUGAACCAAAUGUUAGUGUUGAUUCAAAAUUGUGAAGCAGCAUCUGGUUCUUAUGUAGCCUUAAGGAUUAAUGUAGUGAUCAUCAAGGAGUUAAACUUAGGGAAUUUCAGAAGUGUAGCCUGCAAGGGCAGUAUACAGGAAAAGGUUGGAAUGGUUUUGUUCAUGAGGGUGUCUGAAAAUUAAAAUCAAGCCGGAUAUCAUGGUAUAGUUGCACAGUAUUGGUCCUUCAUGUUUUGGCCAUAUUGUAUAAUGGAGCUUUUACCAAAGAUGUAUGAGAAACAGAAGGCUAUACAAAAACAAGCUGUAAGAAAAACUAACUUAAAGCAGAUGAGAAAAGGUGCUAUGUUGUAGGCUCCUAUUGGUGCAGAGGGAUUUUUGAAUUCAAGAUGCAACUAAAGCCUAAAGUUAUCAGUUUCACAUUAAUAAAAAUAUCUCUAGAAAUGAGGCUGAUUCACAUAUUUAAGAACAUAUAGUUGCUUUUUAAAAUUCCCAAAGCUCCACCGUAAAUGUAAUUCUUAGUGUUUUAAAUGAUUACAUUUUAAGGUACAUAAAUACGGUUAUACAAAUAUCAAUGCUAUAGUAACAUCCUGAAACAAAAUAAGCACAAAGGUAUAAAUGCCUAAACUGGAGGAAACUUGAAACCCUCAUGUUGAUUCUUCAAUGUAGUAUUCUAACUUGUGACAGACAGAUUGGUAGACAGCCAUUUUUUUGUGUGUCUUAAAAUAACUGGGGGCAUAGUUAAAAUUUUAUACAAGUGAUUGCUAUUACUGAAUGUUGCAGGUGAGAUGGGUUGUUUUUAGUUUAUUUGACAUGUCUGAAAAGGUGGGAGGGGGGAAACAUUUGAAAUUUGAAAACCUUAAACCUUUUGGAAAGAAACUGUAAUUUUCACUUACAUUUCUUUAAGAGUAUCUAUAAAAGGUUUAUAAUUGAUGUAGUUAAAUUGAACCAUAACCAUUGGUGAUUAAGAAGCAGGAAAUUGAGCCUGCAGAAAAAGUUAUAAUGGAAGAAUUAAAACAAUAAGGUCCUAAAGAUUUUGUUUAAUUGCAUCAAUUUUUGUAUUUGUGUGAAUUUAUAAACUUGCAGUAAGUUCUGAAUGAGGUUAAUCUUGUCUGAUAUAAGUAAAUGAGUCUGUAGACUGUGAUCCCCCUCCCCCAGCUAAAAAGUGCAGUACUUGGAAUUGUUCUUUAUGGUUGUAGUGUUGCUGAAGCACUAACAUGCAGAAAAUAAAGGAAUUACACAGUGCA